AGUAUUUCUAAGAUUGAUUUCUGCAAUGGAACCGUGUUUGAGAUAGGAAAACGGCAAGACAGCCCUCUGGUGGUGACUGCUGGACACUGCAGGAAGAAUUCAGGCCCUGUUUAGUCAGCAAAGGGCUUCCUAUGACACUUCCUGAGACAUCCAUUUCCUGGUAAAACCUGGGCUGGAGUGGGCGGCGCCAAGGUCCGGCUGGACGCUGGGCCUUGGGGUCCGGAAAACUCAAAGCAGACCGAGGGAGCACUCCACCCGGUUGCAGCGUGGUGCCGAACAGGCGGCCGUGCGUUCACCCCAGCCACGGGAACCACGUGGAGUGGGUGUGUUGACAAUCAGUGGUGUGGCUGUGGACUUCUCACAGGAAGAGAGGGAGUGCCUAGAUCCUGCUCAGAGGGCUUUGUGAAGAGACCUAGUGGUGGGGAAUUACAGCUCUCUGGUUUUUGUUGGUGAAUUGGAUUUUCAGUGAACUGAAAGGAAGUUUCUUGAAACAAAGAGAAGACUGUAUAUGUAAGAUUGCCUGGAAAGGAAACUCACAGGAAGAGGAGAGAGAUGGCUUCUUUUCAGGAUCCAUUGACUUUCACGGACGUGUCCAUAGACUUCUCCCAGGAGGAGUGGGAAUGCCUAGACUCUGCUCAGAGGGCUUUGUACAGGGAGUUGAUGUUGGAGAACUACAGCAAUCUGGUGUCCGUAGGUCUUGCUGUGUGUAAGCCUGUUCUGGUUUCCUGUCUGGAGCAAAGCAAAGAGCCCUGGAAUGUGAAGAGAGGGGAGACUGUAGCCAACCAGAACUCAACUCUUAGAAGACAUCAGAGCGUGUUUAAUAUAGAGAAACACUACAGAUGUGAAGAAUGUGAUGGGCCCUUUACUUCGAUGUCAAGUUUCAAAUUACAUCAGGGAAGUCAUACUGGAGGGAAACCCCACAAAUGUGAAGAAUGUGGCAAGUCCUUUAGUGAAUUGUCAACUCUUAGAAGACAUCAGCGAAUACAUACUGGAAAGAAACCCUACAGAUGUGAAGAAUGUGGCAAAUCCUUUAAUCGAAUGUCACAUCUUAGAAUACAUCAGCGGAUACAUACUGGAGAGAAACCCUACAGAUGUGAAGAAUGUGGCAAGUCCUUUAGUGAAUUGUCAACUCUUAGAAGACAUCAGCGAAUACAUACUGGAGAGAAACCCUACAGAUGUGAAGAAUGUGGCAAGUCCUUUAGUGAAAUGUCACAACUUAGAAGACAUCAACGAAUACAUACUGGAGAGAAACCCUACAAAUGUGAAGAAUGUGACAAGUCCUUUAUUCAAAUAUCACAUCUUAGAAGACAUCAGCAAAUGCAUACAGGAGAGAAACCCUACAGAUGUAAAGAAUGUGGGAAGUCUUUUAGUGAAAUGUCAAGUCUUAGAGCACAUCAUCAAAUACAUACUAGACAGAAACCCUACAGGUGUGAAGAAUGUGGCAAGUCCUUUAGUGAAAUGUCAAAACUUAGAAGACAUCAACGAAUACAUACUGGAGAGAAACCCUACAAAUGUGAUGAAUGUGGAAAGUCCUUUAUUCAAAUGUCACAUCUUAGAAGACAUCAGCAAAUACAUACUGGAGAGAAAUCCUUCAGAUGUAAAGAAUAUGGGAAAUCUUUUAGUGACAUGUCAAUUCUUAGAGUACAUCAGCAAAUGCAUACAUCAGAGAAACCCUACAGAUGUGAAGAAUGUGGCAAGUCUUUUAGUGACAUGUCAAUUCUUAGAGUACAUCAGCGAAUGCAUACAUCAGAGAAACCCUACAGAUGUGAAGAAUGUGGCAAGGCUUUUAAUCGAAUGUCAAGACUUAGAAGACAUCAGGCAAUUCAUAAUGGAGAGAAACCCUACAGAUGUGAAGAAUGUGGCAAGUCCUUUAGUCAAAUGUCACAUCUUAGAAGUCAUCAGCAAAUACAUACUGGAGAGAAACCUUACAGAUGUGAAGAAUGUGGCAAGUCCUUUAGUCGAAUGUCACAUCUUAGGAGACAUCAGCAAAUACAUACUGGAGAAAAACCCUACAGAUGUGAAGAAUGUGACAAGUCCUUUACAGUGAGCUCAACUUAUAAGACACAUAAGAGAAUUCAGAUUGGAGAGAAUCCCUACAAAUGUGAAGAAUGUAAGAAGUCCUUUAAAAAUAUAUCUCAUGUUAGAGCACAUCAUGUAAUUCAUACUUGAGAGAAACCCUACAAAUGUAAAGCAUGUGACAAGUCCUUUAAUUGUAUGUCAGAUUGAAUGUUUCAUCAGAUAAUUCAUACUGGAAAGUAACGAUUCUGAUAAGAUGAAUGUGACAAACUGAGAGCUCUGCACAUAGAAGACAUCAGAGAAUUCAUACUGGAGAGAAACCUCACAAAUCAAAAGGUUUUGAGAAGUUCAUUGUAUUUCAACUCCUAGAGAACAUCAAUGAAGUUACAAUAAAGGGCGACAGUGCAACAUAAGGAAUGUGGCAAUUCUUUUAAUCAUAUGUCAAAUAGUAGCAUUUAUCAAAAACUCAUACUAAAGAGAUAGUUUACAAUUGCUCAGAAUGUGGUACUUCCUUUACCUUGGACUCAAUCCUUAGAAUAAAAAGUAGAAUCUGAACUAAAGAUAUCUCUAAAAGUCUUGAAAAUAUUGAAACAUAUUUAUAUAUUACAAAACAUCAAUGUACAGAAGGAAAACUUAGAAUUAAGUACAAAAUUUCAAAAUCUCCAAUCAAAAUUUAUUUUUCAUUCAUGUAUGUGAGAAACUAGCAACAUAAAAAAUGUGAGAAAGCAUUCACUUUCCCAUACAGUCAUGUUGAAUAUCACAGAAUCCUUACUUAUAGAAAACCUACAGAUAAAAUCAUGUCAGCUACCAUUUACAAAUGGCUCCCAUCCUAGGAAACAUCAGAGAUUUCAUAGUGAACAGGAGCCUCACAAAUUUCAAAGAUUAAUACCCCAUUAUUUACUGUCAAGAAAUACACAGUGUUAAUAAAGCACCUAAGUAUCAAUGAAUUGCCACAUAUUCUCUAAAUAGCAUGUGAAUAUGUGAAAAUGUUUGCACAUAUAUACAAGUUAGACAAUCCUAAAGUGUAUGAAGUAGCAGUAUCUUAAUUUGCAUAUGAAAAGGGAAAAUAUAUAUCCAAAUAUCUUUUUAAGUGGAAAUUCCAUAAUAAAAAGGCCAGGACACAUUAUACUCACUGUAAUAUGAUAGGCUAGAGUAUUAUAGAAAAUACUUAAAAAAUUUAUGUCAAUUACUUCUAUAUUUUCAUCAAAUUGUAUAUGGUAUUUUGAUAGAGGUAACUGGUUUAGUUAGAAACAUUUGAAACCAUAGGGUAAUUUUACCUUAAACUAAAUUUAUAUUUUCACUCGGCAUGGUGGCUCAUGGCCGUAAUCCCAGGACUCGGGAGGCAGAGCCAGACAGAUCUCUGUGAGUUCAAUGCCAGGCUGGUGUACAUUGUGAGUUUAUGGUCACCUGGGACUGCAGGAAGACCCUGUCUCAACAACAACAACAACAAAAAACUCCAAAUUCAUAUUUUCUAUUUUAUAAUGGAUAUUAUGAAAAUUUAUGGCAAUUUUUGACACAGAGUAAAGGGAUAUAUUUUCCUUCAAAGCAUUAGCAAUGCUUCAUUAGUUCCAAUUGUUCCUUGAAGAAUUCAUGGACAAGGAAAAUAGGUCACAGUAGAUUUUUUUUUUUAUGAGUGGGAAUACAUUUUAGUGUGAUGUAUGUUUGGCAUAUUUCUACCAUACAAAAAGAAAAGGAGGAUCCUGAAUAUCAUAAAGCAAUCACUCCCAAUGACUCACAGGUGAGAAUAAUCUGUAAAGUAUACUUAGUGCUGAAUAGCACAAUAGAAAGAAUGGUUAGAUGUUUUCAAUAUUACUUGAUGUGGUUAAAACAAUAAACCAGAGAAAAAUGAAAACUUAUCUUACAAGAUUUGUGAUUUUAACAUUUUACUAUCCUAUUACAUUUUAGCCUAGGUCUUUGAAAAUGGCAGAUAAUGAUAAAAGUUGAAGACACUGAUGCCUAAAUUCCCAGCACUCAAGAGGCAGAGGCCGGUGGAUCUCUGUGAGUUCAAGGUCAGCCUGAUAUACAUAGUGAGUUCCAGGCCAGCUAGGGCUACAGGGAGACAGUGUAUGCCAAGUCACAAGAGUAUUGAUGGAAAGAAAAUAAAAGGUACUAUGUAAGAUAUUAUUAUAAAUUAUUAUAGUUGCACAAAAAUGUAAAUACACAAAAAUGUAUAUUGAUAUAUGUGUAGAUAGAAUCAUAUCUACAGGAAAAUUAGUUGUGUUCCCAGUAUUGUAGGUUUUUGAAGAUGGUACACUAUUUGUUAGUUUAAUAUGAAAGUAAAUUCAGUCUGUCUUGCUUUCUAGGGAUUAUGUGAUAAUAUGUUUCAAUAGUAGCUACUUGAGAACUGAUGAAUCCAUACAUUAUCAAGCAUCAUUAAUAUUAGUUCCAGUGUGAAUUAAUAAUGCCUCAUGCAAAAUUCAUGAAUGACAUGAAAACAUUGAUUUGCUUCAUUUAUUUAGUGCACUAAGAAUGCACGUCAGUGUAAAGUAGCAGUGCUGGGCUUCAGGCCUCUGCUAAUUCAAAACAGUCAUUCCUGAAUAUUUGAAAUGAACUAUAUUUUGAUUAAUAAAAUGAAUAUAUGCACAUCCACAGAAUUACUAAUAUUUUAUUAAACUAAAAUCUUAAAUAUUUUUGAACGUUAUUAAUAAAAUUUUGUGUAGAAGUAAAUUGAAUAGAGAUAAUAAUCAUAAAACAUAAUUAUUUACAUGUUCAUCCAUGGCUAUAUAAAAUUUUAGUGUUGCUGUUUGAAAUUGGUGUGUAAUGACAUCCAAGUUGUCUAUUAAUUUAAAGAAAUCCUGUUUCUUUGGAUCUUUUAAAUACAUUUUGAAUAAAAUGCAUUGAAAUCAUUUUGAAACUGUUUUAAACCUGCCUUUAAGUUGAUUUUUUAAUAAAUCCAGCAUGUGUUUAAUGAUGUCCUAUGGAAAUUCGUUGAAAAAUAUUAUCUCCCUUCCAAAUAAAAACUCACAUAUUUUUUUCAGCAGAUGAUAAGCGAAAGCUAAUACAGGAUAAUCUUUCA